CAACUUUUAGGAAUAUUUUUAAAUCUCAAUUUGUAUUUUGUAAUUUGUAGUCUUGAUUGUUCAUUGUACUCGGAAGUAUGUGAAUGUACAAUCAUUUUCGGCAAAGAAUUAAGUUUUGCGAUACUGUAUCGACGUACUUUAUUUUUAUUAGAGUUACCUGUUUCUGUGAAUUAAAGGCUAGCUCAAUAGUCCGAUAAUUAAAAUAUCUACGUGAACUAGUAUUUUUAUAACAGAAAAAUGAGUGACCUCUUCUUGAGCCCGGAACAUGUUCUCCAAGGGGGCUACUUUCAUGCCACCUUGAGAAAACUUCAGGAACCCAAUACAAGCAUUGAGCCGCAUAACAUAAUGUAUCCAGUUUUCUUACUAGAAGACAAAGAUGCCAUGCAAGCUGUGUCUAGUAUGCCAAAUGUGUACAGAUAUGGUAUCAACAAAUUGAUACCAGCUUUAACAGAAUUGGUUGAUAGGGGCCUUCAAUCUAUUCUUAUAUUUGGUAUUGUGGAAACUUUACCCAAGGACCCAACAGGCUCCAGUGCUGACUGUCUAGAAAACCCAGUUAUUAAAGCUUUGCCGAAAAUUAAAGAAGCAUUGCCAAACCUUGUAAUUGCAUGUGAUGUGUGUUUAUGCCCAUAUACAUCCCAUGGGCAUUGUGGCAUAUUGACAAAUGGGGCAAUAGACCAUCCUGAAUCAGUUAAAAGAAUUGCUGAAGUGGCUCUAGCCUAUGCUAAAGCAGGAGCUCACAUUGUAGCCCCCUCGGAUAUGAUGGACAACAGAAUUAAAGCAAUAAAAGACGCGCUAUUCGAGAAUAAGUUGCAGAAUCAGGUGUCUGUAUUAUCGUAUUCAUGCAAGUUCGCUUCAUCCAUGUAUGGUCCGUUCAGGGAUACCAUGAAGAGUUCACCUAUGGCCGGUGACAGAAAGUGUUACCAGCUGCCACCAGGCAGUUCUGGACUCGCUGCCAGGGCUGCGGCACGUGACGUUGCCGAAGGAGCGGACUUCUUGAUGGUAAAACCUGGUCUUCCAUACCUCGACAUCGUGCGACAGACAAAAGACCGUUACCCCAAUCACCCUCUCUUCAUAUACCAGGUGUCUGGAGAGUACGCUAUGAUAUCCAAAAGUGGUGAGGGAAGUGAAAUGGAGGCUGUUCUUAUGGAGACACUGCUGUGUAUGCGCAGAGCGGGGGCCGACUGCAUUAUAACCUACUUCGCACCUUUAAUUUUGAAUAUUAUAGCAAAAAAACAUUGAAUGAUGGAUGGACCUACACAAGAAUGAACAAAGCUGUUUCAUUAAAUUAAAAGAAAUAUUAUAACUAAUAUGUAUAAGGCAAAAUAUAUUAGUUUUAAUUUUAGAUAAACUAUGUGAGCUAAUACUAUCUCUCUCUCUAAUUCUAUUUUAUGUAUGAGAUAGGGAGAGAAAAAUAAAAUUGUAUUUUAUAAAAUAAUUUUAUUAAUACAAUUCGAUAUUUUUCAGGCCAUAAGGUAGAAUUAGCUAUGUGUAUAUUAUGUUGUAUCGACGUGAAAUCAAUUUAAUUGUAUGGUUUUGUAAAUUGUAUAAAUUGGUGCUAAAAUUUUGAUUAUAAUUGGUUUAUUUGCUCAAUUUGUUGUUUUAAGUACAAUUUCUGUUGUGAUGGUUUUAAUACAUUUUUAUUUAAG